GGAGACCCGGCUCGGAUAGCAGCCUCCGGGGCUCUGUGCGCAGGCGUGGGGCUGACGGGGCUGACGGGACGGACCGGGCGGCCGCGGAACGACCUGGUCUCGAAACCCCCACCUGUUUUUGCUGAAGGAACUGUUUUUUUGCUGGCCUAGUUUCAGAAUGUCAAGUCCUAUGUCCUGCUGGAUCUUAAAUUCUGCACGGAACAGCAUCGCCACAUUGCAAGGGGGGCAACGCUUAUACUCCAGGUGUGCCUCAAAUAGGAACAAGUCAAAAUGGAGGUUUUUUCCCCAGUUACCAACCACCCUAAAAAACGAGACUCCUGGGGGUAACUUUGUUCUACCGAGAGCCUACAGACACACAUCGACAGAGGAGGAGGAUUUCCACCUGCAGCUCAGCCCAGAGCAGGUGAAUGAAGUACUGCGAGCUGGAGAGUCAGCCCACAAGAUUGCUGACCUUGCCGGUGGUGUCCUGAAUUCAGUGUUGCGGUUUGAGAGCAACCAGCUGGCUGCCAAUUCCCCAGUGGAGGACCGGCAAGGGGUCGCCUCGUGCCUGCAGACACACGGGCUGAUGUUUGGCAUCUUUGACGGGCACGGUGGCCACGCAUGCGCACAAGCAGUGAGUGAGAGGCUCUUCUCCUACAUGGCAGUGUCACUGAUGUCCCAGCAGACCCUGGAGAAGAUGGAGGAUGCCAUGGAGAGCAUGAAGCCCUUGCUGCCCAUCCUGCAGUGGCUCAAGCACCCAGGGGACAGCAUCUACAAGGAUGUCACAUCAGUGCACCUCGAUCACCUCCGGGUCUACUGGCAGGAGCUGCUGGAUCUACACAUGGAAAUGGGGCUAAACACAGAGGAGGCACUCAAGUACUCCUUCCAGAGACUAGAUUCUGACCUCUCUCUGGAAAUCCAGGCUCCCUUGGAAGAUGAGAUGGCCAGAAACCUUUCCCUCCAGGUCGCUUUCUCUGGGGCAACAGCCUGCAUGGCCCAUGUCGAUGGAGUUCAUUUGCAUGUGGCCAAUGCAGGGGACUGCCGGGCCAUCCUUGGUGUCCAGGAGGACAAUGGCCUGUGGUCUUGUCUGCCGCUCACCCAGGACCACAAUGCCUGGAAUGAAGCUGAGCUGGCACGCCUGAAACAGGAGCACCCGGAGUCAGAACACCGGACAAUCAUCAUGGACAACAGGCUGUUGGGCGUCCUCAUGCCCUGCAGGGCCUUCGGGGAUGUGCAGCUGAAGUGGAGCAAAGAGCUGCAGCGCAGUGUCCUGGAGAGGGGCUUUGACAUUGAGGCCCUCAAUAUUUACCAGUUUACCCCCUCCCACUACUAUACUCCACCCUACCUCACCGCGAAGCCGGAAGUCACGUACCACAAACUGAGACCCCAGGACAAAUUCCUGGUUCUGGCCUCCGACGGCCUGUGGGACAUGCUAGACAACGAGGAUGUGGUGAGGCUGGUGGUAGAGCACCUGGCUGAAGCAGGUCGCCACAAACCAGACCUGGCGCAAGGACCCACCAACCUGGGGCUCAUGCAGAGCCUGCUGCUGCAGAGGAAAGCCAAGGGGCUCCAUGCUGCUGACCAGAAUGCAGCCACACGCCUGAUCAGACACGCUAUCGGGAGCAAUGAGUACGGGGAGCUGGAUCCCGAGCGGCUGGCAGCAAUGCUGACCUUGCCAGAGGACUUGGCCAGGAUGUACAGGGAUGAUAUCACUAUCACUGUGGUGUAUUUUAACUCAGACUCAAUUGAUACAUUUUACAAGGGGGGUUAAGAGAUUCCCAUCCUGUUGUCAAGGUUAAUGUAGUGCUCUUCUAAAACAUUUUCUCUUACUCUUAAAAUUGACUUUUUAGAACUUACUAUUAAGAGGGCAGGCAGAUGUAGCUUGCUUAGUCACAGAUUAACCUGAGAAAAAAAGACCAGCCUUGACUUAAAAACAUUAGCAGUCACUUUAUGUCCUCUGUGUUUGGGUCACCUUUCCUAUGCAGUGAGGUCAGAGCAAGAAGUCCAUAGAACUGGCUUAGGCUCUGGGAGCACAAGUCCUUUUACAAAGACACUCUUGUUAAACUGUAUCAGCUGGGCCUUCAAAGACUAAAUUUAACCAUAAUUCUGGGAAUGUGAAGAACUCCGGGGACUUCUGAGGUCUUGCUGCCAAAUCUACAAACUUGAUCAUUUCUCAAUUCAUUAUCAUGGAUGACUACAAAAUGGGAGGUUUUUAAAUUUCUGAAUUUUAAGACUUGGGUUUACAAAACAUCUAGGACUCUUUCCUAUGCAAUAGGUAACUUUUUCUGGUGAUUACACUUGGGAAAACAUUUUGUAAUACUACGUUCUGGUUCUGAUUUUAGCUUCUUUAAAAAUGGAGCCUUCACACCCACACACAGGACUUGUGUAAGCCUGCUUGAAAAGCUUAUCUUAGUAUUCCACUGAGAGUGAGAGGGGCCAGGCCUUCAGAUCUAAUGAAACUUGUGCAGCUUUCGGGCUACUUGUCUCUCUGCCCCCUCUGAACUUUAAAGCCAGGCUACGAGGUAACUUCAUCUGAGCCUUAACUCUGGGCCUUUCCUGUAUUAGUAGAAUUUCUUCUUUCAUUUCUUUCAUUCUUUUUUUUUUUGUUAAGUGUAUGAAUUUUGUUACAGACGAGGCCUACAGUUAGUAGAAUUUCUAACAGGUUUAUUCAGAGCACUUGAUCUUUCUGGUUAUACAUCUCAAACGUUCAAGUCAUUCCACCUAACACUCCUCCCUCUGAUCUGUGAAACUCCCUCUGCCUUUGCUCACUAGCAGUAUUAUCUGUAAAGAAUCUUAUAUAGUUUCAGGGAAGGAGAAAAAUGUGGCAUGCAGUAGCUGGGACAGGUGUUAGAAUUGCCUUGUGUAGUGAAUUGUGGGCUUAACCUUUGGUCUGAUCUGUAAAGGGGGAAAACAGGGGACUUGAGAACACUCUCUGACCAAGGACCUGUCGGUAUCCUGAGAAUCAGAAGGUUAGGAGGAGGCAUAAGAUUUAUCAGAUGGGACACUUACCCUUAGACUGUACCAUCAAUCACCAUUGCUGCUCCUCAGGAACUACACUUACUUCAGAACCUGAAAGAAGACUGAAAAGGUGACCUGGAAUGGUCACUGUGUUACUUGAAAAUGAAACCAUGUGAAUCCCUCUGUGGGAGGUGGGAGUGAAUUUCACACUUUCAUGAAUUGCUGUGACAUUUCAAGAACAGAAUACAUACUUCUUAGUGGCAUAAUCCCAUAAAAUUGCAUAGUUUUGCCUAACUGCACUACACUUGUUUGACCCUUACCUCAUCUUCCUCCUCAUACCAUCCACUGAAAGAAAAGCCAAAAAUCAGGUUUGGCCUCCUCAUUUUGGUCCAUGUCCCUGUGAUAUCCAGUGAAGCCUUGAGCUCCUUUUAGCAGAGCACCAUUUCCCUGUACAUUUUCCAGGGUAACUCUUUCCCAAUAGGGCUUCAUCUAAGACAUUUUCUUCUGGGUGCUUAAUUAAGCCUUGAUCCUUUUAUCCUGAAGCCAUUAAUAUUCCUUCUGGUCCUUGAGAUCUUAGAAAUAAAAUGUGAACUACAUGCUGCAUUUCUGCUAGCAUGAAGGCUUGUUGCCAGUGUUGAGGAUCGUGCUGUCUUCACCUCCUUUGUGCUUGAUGCCACCUAAGCCCUGGCACACCUGUGCAGCACUUACGGCUUGUGAUUUGGAGCCUAGCAUGGGUUGUAAAUGAAUCUGAUGAGUCGCUCUUGAGACAACUGUGAGGGCACAGAUUUCUCAGCUGUUUGUCAAGCUGAUCUGUGUGGGUUUUUUUUUUUUCCUCUGCCUGACUGAUUUCUUGCUGUCUGUGGUAUCUUGUUAGAAGAAAGGCCAGUUAAUUGUCACCUUUACCACUGUGAAUGUCGUCAGUGCUGUCCAUGAACGCUCCACCUAGCAAAAAUCCUAGAGUAUUCCCUUGUCUCACUAACCAUGAUAGUGCUGGCUUGGGUCUUCCUGACGCCUUGGGUUACUGCUUGAGCAGACUGGGAUAGGAGUGAGGGAGGUGGUAAUUGUCAGGUCUUCCGAAGCAUUUAUCAUCCCUUUCAUGUUGAGAUUUCAAUAUUGAGACUUUUAAAAUGAAAUGAUAAAAAGUGAGUUUGAACACAAUAUCUUGGAUGUAAUUUUUUGAGGGGGGGAAUACUUGGUAGUAUUCAGGGGCCACACCCAACUUGGUGCUCAGGGGUCAUACCUAUGGUGCUCAGGGACCACAUGCCGGGGAUGGUGCACAGGCCUUCUGCAUGCAAAGCAUGUACACUAGUCCUUUGAGCUAUCUCCCCAGUAUCUUGGAUCUAAUUUUGAAUAGAAUAUGCUUUGAUGCUUUAAAUUGUAUAUUUGUCACUUUAGGUGAGAACUGGUGAUACCGAUAUAAACAACUCUUACUUCUGGGGGCUGGCCAAAAGGAGCAAAGGAGAUGGUAAUUACAUAUUUCAACUUAGAAACUAUUUGUAAUCUUUUAGCUAAUUAGUUAUAAUGAAAACAUAGACUUGGAAACUGUUAAUACAUAAACCUAUUUUGCUUAGAAGUACAGUUGGCCUAAAAGAGCUCUAGUAUUGGGCUCAGUGUGCAAAGUUCAGCUUAGACACAAUUGAACUGGCUCCCCCUAUCUGCCACAGGGUGAAAUAUAAACAUCUUGAACUGGACUUAGUUACUGAAAGGAAUAAUCGUUGUGGAACAAAAGGUGCUCAGGGAGGAAGAGUCUGGUUUACUCUUGUGUCUCAGCCCCUGCUAACCCAGCUCCAGGGACAGCUGUUCUAGUUUCAUCUUACAGUGGUUCAUUUGUCUCAGAAAGUGCCUCUUAACUGUGACAAAAAAGACCCUGUGGAGACUUGGAGCUGGCAUUGACAAGAUUGGUGGUACUCCAUGAUAACAUCAUGGGAGUUGCCUUGUGUGCCUCCCCCAUGGAAAACAUGUUGGGAACUACUGUGCGCCCCCAAACAGACUGAGGCUCUGUCCCUUACCCCUUGAAUAUCUCACCUUUAACCCACCUUCUAGAAGAUGCUAUCAUGCAUUCACUUGGAAAAAUUAACCAUGUUCUUUAAUAAUUAUUGCUAUUUGAGUUGCAAGCUAUCUGCCAAUGUUCAUAUUUGAUACUGAUUUUCUAACCAUUAGGUUUAAAUAAAUGUUAUAAAUAAAAGAGG